GUGCCAGCUGGUGCGUGUAUAUAAGGGAGGGCAUGCGCUGUGACCGGACAGCGAUCCAGGACCCCGCCUCUGUUUUGGAGAAAGUCGAGCUUCCCCCGAGGCACCCACCACUAUCCAGAGAAUCCAGAAACCCCGCCAAAAUCCACACGAACUGGUGAAGAGCUGCUAAGGUUGACUGGUGCCCUACUUCCCGUGCAUAAGUCGCACCCGCUGGAGAAGAGACAGCACGCCAGGGAGAUUCAGCAGCAUGGGGUUCGACAUCGAGAGAUUUGUUGGUACUGUGAACGAGGGGCUGCUGUGCUGCGUGUGCCGAGACGUGCUGGAAGACCCGCUUCAGGCGCCCUGCGAGCACGCCUUCUGUUCCACGUGCAUCCACGGCUGGCUGGUGCACGACAGGAUCUGCCCCGAGGACAGGCAGCCUCUCAACAUCACCCAGCUCAGGCCACUGUUCCGCUACAUGAAGAAUGACUUAGACAGGCUGCAGAUUCGCUGUAUCAACGCCCAGCACGGAUGCUCGGUCGUAUGCGAACUGGAAAACAUUUCCAAACACGAGAGAGAGUGUGGCUUCGUGUCUGUCUGCUGUCCCAACAUGGGAUGCUCCACUAUCGUGGAGCGCCGCAACCUCGAUGUGCACCUGAACAUUUGCGACUUCCGCUGUAAGGAGUGCCCGCGGGGGUGUGGCAUGCAGAUACUGAACCACGACGACGCUGAACACAACUGCAUAGCGGAGCUCCGCACGGAGGUCGAGCUCCUGCGAGCCGAGAUGAUCUGCAAGUUGGAAGACCAGCGUCGCGAGAUGGAGUCGCGUUUAGACUCGCAGCGCCGACACAUGGUCCAACGGGAGGGCCUGCUACAAGCCGAGGUCGACGACCUCAAAGGACAGGUGACCCGCAUCAUGCAAGAGAUGCGCUCGCUGAUGGAAAUCGAGCGGCAGCGGCGGCAGGACCUGGAACGGGCGGAGCUCGAGAAGCGGGAGCUCGUCGAGCUUAUCAAAGGUAUCCCACGGGAGGGGUCAGAAAGCAUCAAGAGCGUUACCUGUAGUCGAUGCAAGAGAAGCGAGAGGAUAACUAUUAUAUAAGAUGUCCAUGACAAGUUGUUGACAUGAGGAGGCCGUAUGAUGUGGUACCAAUAAAAAUGUCACGUGAUCUACCCAUGCUGGUCGGUGCUAGUUCUGUCCACAGUGGACCGGGAGAGGGCCAGGCCAGGACAACUCUUUGGUUGACAUUUCUACAAUGGAAAAUUAGAGGUCUUAACCUUCAGCACACUGAAGCAUCCAUUUGGCUACAAAUUCUUUAAAACUAAUAAUUUUUAAUUUGUGUACAUUUUUAUGUCCCAUAAUGACAUCAUUUGAUACCAGUUUCCUUUUGCUGGGUAAUUUACAUGUAGUUAAACUUAUUUCAGCCUAGCUAUUAUCUUUGUCAAGUGAAACAGGGCCAAAAUGGAAGGCAAUUCAGGUUUAUGAAUAAUCUUCCUUUCUUGUAUUCUUCAAUAUCUCAAGUGGGUGUUGCCAUCCUUAAAAAGUAUUUUGGUAAGGCCAGAAUGUUUUAGUUCAUGUUUAAGUUAUUAUCACAGAGGUGCAAGCCCAUGUGUAAUAUUAAUAUCAUAUAGAGAAAAAGCUAAGACAUGGUAAUAUCAGAGAGGCACAAAAUAGUAUAUACACGUGCCUUAUAGUGAUGUACUGUGAAACAUACUUGUAAAAAUUUACUCUCAUCCAAGUUUGAUAGUAAAAUGUAAGUACGUUUUAGAAGUAAACUUUUUAAUCAAGCAUCAUUUUUAUUUUUCAGCCUUUUGAAUGACAAGAUGUGUUACAUGUGUAAGCUUGGAUGUAGCACAAGUUUCUCAUGUGAAUUUUUAUUACUCUAUGGGAGUAAUAAAGAUGUAGCACUUAUAUGUGUUAUAUGAACAAGGUCUGAAUAACAGGAUUGACCAGGACUUAAACACUAAAUUUAAAGCACGUGUGUAAAAAGGAGGAGACAGUGAUUAUACUUGUAUAGAAUAGAGUUGGAGAAUACUAGCAUGGCUCAAAAUAUAGACUAAAAAAACAAUAAUAAUGUUUGGCUAACACUACAUAUAAUGGUGCAAUCUCUUGCAUGUUUUAUUGUAAAACAGUUGCACAAAGCAUAUACCAAUCCUUAAACUCAUCCACUGCCACAAGACUCAAGAGCAGUGGGAGAACAAUUGUGUUCCAGUUGCUGUUAGGGCUAAGGCAUGUAUGAAAACACAACAGUUACAACUCUGCAGGAAUGCCGUAGCAAACCGUAGUGCCUUUUACAAUGUGUUGAUACAGAUGACAAAAAUAGAUGGCUUCACAAACAAUUGUUGGAUACAAAAAUUCACAAGUGACUUUUGUGACAGGUCUGCAUGUUACUAGAAACCUCAGGUGGUUCAAGAACUAUAAUGUGGUCUAAUCAUGCCACCUAGCAGAAUGUUACAGAACUGCAUUGAGCUGUUCCUAUAUCACCAGUUGGCAGGACACUGUACCUUGUACCAGUUAGGCUUUGAUCUGCUCAGAUACCUUGGUGCUUCAUGUCAAAUGAAUACAGUAUACAUGAUUCAUUGUCACUUUGUGAAAAUAAAUAUUAGUAUUUAUGAUUCAUAAUACUGUUAACACCAUUACAACAUGAAUAUUCUGUUCAAUUACAAUUUUAACUCUUGUACCUUGUUAGAAGUAUCUAGCAUCCUUCUUAUCAUUUAUAAGGUGCUUUUUUAAAUCUUUUGUACUGUCAGUUAUCAAGAAACUAAACAUAAUUGUGCUUCUGCCAGUUUAAUCACUA